GCGGAAGAUCUACUAAGUGAAUAGUUUAGCUGAAACAAUGUUUUCUAGUGUAAUAAGACCCACGAGUAGAAGAAUAAGUUAUUCUCUACGCAAUUUCCACAUCAGCAAUGUGCGGCAAACAAGACUUGUACCUGUACAGCUCGCUUUUACUCGAUAUGAAAACAACAGCACCACUGACGAUGCCCCACCGGUACUUGUGUUACAUGGUUUAUUUGGAUCGAAAUCUAACUGGAACAGUUUAGCAAAAGCUUUCCACAAAAACACCAAACCCAUUCGUAAGAUUUACGCCAUCGACGCCCGUAACCAUGGUGAUAGUCCGCACACCGGAGAACAUUCUUACGAACACAUGGUUGAGGAUCUCGUAGCAGUUUACAAGACACUGGGAAUUCAGCAAGCCUCUAUAGUUGGACAUAGCAUGGGCGGUCGGGCAAUGAUGCUGUUGGCCUUGAAAUAUCCUCAUUUGGUGGAAAAGGCAAUCAUCGUCGAUAUCUCGCCCUCUCCGGGACUAGGGACUAGCAAUACCAAUAUACCGCUUUUCCUACAAUCUAUGAAAAUGAUUCAAAUAACGCCGGAUAAAACCAUCCACCAAGCGCGCAAGAUAGCAGACGACCAGUUGAGCCGUAUUAUUGCUGAAAAACCCCUUCGCGAUUUCCUAAUUACCAAUCUCGUGAAAAACGACGAGGACAGUGGAAGAUUUCAAUGGCGAAUCAAUCUGGAAUCUUUGGAAAGGAAUUUCCAUACCGGAGUAGCGCAGUUUCCCACACUCUCAGGUGUGAAGUUCGACGGACCGACGCUCUUUAUCGCUGGAGGACGAUCAGAUUAUGUGAAGCCUAAGGAUGUACCAUUGAUAAAGACACUAUUUCCAAACUCCGAUAUUAAGUACGUAAAGGACGCCGGACAUUGGGUACACAGUGAAAAAUCAGCAGAGUUUUCCAAAUUAGUUUUGGAUUUCCUGAAUGGAUAGCAUGCGUACAUCUCAGGUUCAACAGCAGCUGUGCCGACUUACGAAUUUACAUAGUAUCCUUUGAAGGGUAAUAAAUGUUGUUAUUGGUUUUUGACGAUUA